CGCAAGGCACAUUGGGUAACAAGAACAGUGCACGUUGAGUUGACAUUGGGAAGUAGCAGAAGUGUCUCCUGAAAGUAAUGGGCUCGACUUUCUCAAGUCCCACACCCACGGUCAGAGCCGAGGCCGUAAUGGUGGCUCCAGACAUCGGCCUGUCUCCUCCUCAAGGUUGCCCAAUGCACAGAGAAGCACCCAAAGCUGCUCCAUCGCGUCCUGUGUCUCCUCCAUCGGAGUGUCCAAUGCAUCAGACAGCCGCACCGGCGGCACCCAAGGGCCCAGUGCACCAGGAGCGGGCAUAUGAGUUUGUGGAAUGUCCCAUGAAAGCAGCAGCACAAGGAAAUGAUAUCAACCUAGCAAAUAUGAUGCCGCCUCCGAAUCAAGUCCCAGCUCCUGACCAGCCGUUCGACCUGUCCGUGAACAGAGAGGAGUCCAAAAUCCCAAGAGCAGGAACCGAUAAGAACUGGGUCUAUCCCUCAGAGCAGAUGUUCUGGAACGCCAUGCUGAGGAAGGGGUGGCGCUGGAAGGAGGACGACCUGGCUCCAAACGACAUGAGCAACAUCAUCCGGCUCCACAACCGCAACAACGAGCAGGCCUGGGAGGAGAUCUUGAAAUGGGAGGCCAUGCACGCAGAGGAGUGUCCCUGUGGGCCGUCCUUGAAGCGCUUUGGAGGCAAGGCAAAGGAGUUCUCUCCACGGGCAAGGCUUCGGCACUGGAUGGGGUAUGAGCUUCCUUACGACAGACAUGAUUGGAUCGUAGACCGCUGUGGGAAAGAGGUACGCUACAUCAUCGACUACUACGACGGUGACGUGGACCAGAACACGUAUCAGUUCUCCGUCCUGGACGUGCGCCCGGCGUUUGAUUCGAUGACGGCUGUGUGGGACAGAGUGAAAGUAGCCUGGUGGCGGUGGUCGUCAUGAGAAGCAGAAUUCUCUGAAUGAAGAACCCGAGGAAAAAACAAAAACUAAAUUGAAAACAAGAACUCUGAUCUUAUCUGCAUUGUUUGUAGCUGCUGCGACAAUUGCUUUAACGGUUCUCAUCUAAACGUUUUAAAGACUCUUCAUCACCUGAAAGCUUCUUACAAUCACAUAAUGCAGUGUUAAAUUUCAUGGUGCUGUAGGCAAAUGCCUAAGUUAGGAAUGUCAUAUAAAUUCACUUCUGGAUAUAGAUGUCCCAGACAAACAGUCAUUGCUGAAAGAGUGAUUCCACCCGCACCCCCUCCGUCCCCCACCCAUUCUGGCCAUCAUCCUCAAUAUUCAUAAUUUGAAGUACCAUCACUGUAGGUGCUUCAAAGUGUGCUCACAAUUGUGUACAUCUGUAGGACAUUCUGUGAACGUGAUGCUCUCAAUGCUCAGUGUCAUGUAUUGAACCCAGCUGAAAAAGAUUUCUUGAUUAAGGGUAAAGCGGUUGCAUGACCUGACGGCGUAUGAGGUUUCACUGAUGUUGUGGUCUGUAUCAGAGCAGCUAGGGCUCCUACUGGUUAUAAGGUCCAGAGGAUACCCCCCAUAGUAGAAGUCCAGAGAUGGCAGGGUGUGGUGACCUUAUACUGUAUCUACCCCCAGAAAGCCCCCGAGGCUGAGAGAAAGAAAAGCUUGUGUUGGCGAGAAGAGGCAUGAAUGAAUUGUUGGCUGACAGGUUGUCUGAGGAAGUUUGAUUUGUAUAACUGGAGAAAAUAACAAAUGGUUAGGAGUAAUGAUUCCUUGUCUGUAUUUGUAAAUUGUAUAGCUGGCCUAAAUAUUCUGCUUUCAGGUGGUUCUGUUCAUUUCUUUUCUCUAAAACAAAAGGGAGUGCUUGGUUUUUUUGAGUGUUUUUAAAAUAUUUUGGCUGUUUUUCUGUUUGACAACUUCUCUGUCAACAUCUGCUUCUACACAUGAGCCUUCAGAGUCCCACUGUUACAGAUAAAUCUUAUUUAUUAUACUGUGUAUGUAUUACUAUCUGUAUUAUUUGACUCUGGAUUGGUUUCUUUCGCCUGCUGUGAGAGCAAAAUGAAAUCGGGGGAAAAAACUGUUCAUACCCCUAAUUACCAAACCAAUAAAAUACAGAUGUGAAUAUGAA